AGAAUCAUGGGUGAGAGUUGCAGUGCUCGUGUCCUCCAGUGCAGCUUGCUUAACACAAUGCAGAACCUGGAACCCGCCACUCAGACGCAUGUGCAGGCCGUGUGUGGUCAGAGGUCAUCCUCAGCACACAACAUGACCCGGCCUCGCUCCAGGAUUGUGGGUGGAUCCCCUGCUCCACCAGGCAGCUGGCCAUGGUUGGUCAAUCUGCAGCUCGAUGGUGGCCUGAUGUGUGGAGGAGUUCUGGUGGAAAGUUCCUGGGUGGUCACUGCAGCACACUGUUUUGCCGGGAGUCGCAGUGAAAGCUACUGGUCAGCCGUAGUGGGGGAGUUUGACAUCACCAAGACUGACCCAGAUGAGCAGAUACUCAAAGUCAACCGCAUCAUCCCUCAUCCAAAAUUUAAUCCAAAGACGUUCAACAAUGACAUAGCCCUGGUGGAGCUGACAUACCCAGUAGUCCUGUCUGACCGUGUCACCCCCGUGUGUCUGCCUUAUGGGAUGGAGCCUCCAACUGGCAGUCCUUGUCUGGUGGCAGGGUGGGGGUCUCUCUAUGAAGAUGGCCCAUCUGCAGAUGUGGUGAUGGAGGCCAAGGUGCCUUUACUGCCUCAGACCACUUGUAAGAACGCACUUGGCAAAGAACUGGUCACCAACACCAUGCUGUGUGCUGGCUAUCUCUCAGGAGGAAUUGACUCCUGUCAGGGGGACUCUGGAGGCCCGCUGAUCUACCAAGACAGACUUUCAGGUCGCUUCCAGCUCCAUGGAAUUACAUCCUGGGGAGACGGAUGCGGCGAGAAGGGAAAGCCCGGAGUUUAUACCCGUGUGUCUGCUUUUUCUGACUGGAUUCAGGCCGAGAUCCAGAAGUCAUCUGGCAGCCGGGAGCCGACAUGUCCGGAGCUUCUAAGGACUACAGAGAUGACAGAGGAGGAGCAAAGAUCAGAGUUCAGCACUCUGUGCCGCUUCUACACCCUCACCUGCCCUCCUGGCCAGUCCACAAGCGCUUGCAGCCGAAUGGCCGAGGACAAAUGUCUUAUCCGCUUCAAGAAAUGUCAGCUGCGUUCCUUCCUGCAGAACCUCCUGGACCUACUCCAGAGGGCCGAGGACUACAUUCGGGAUAGAGUGGAUCUAACUUUCUUCACCCAGACUCUCCCUCAGCUGGUGGAGCACAUUCACAACACUGCUUUCACUCACACCAGAGACAGGAGGGAUGCGGCUGGGGAUCACGAUCGUGUGCAGAUUACAGAGCAGCUAGGUGGCACUGUGACACCGGAGGAGGAUGGUUCCCCUCCACUUCCUCCACCUUUGUUCAGAGACUUGGGCCCCUUGGUGGAGGACUGGGAGAAGUACCUGGUAAACAUUUCUGAGGACAUGGAGAAAGAAGCCAACAACACAUUGACAGACACCUCUUCUACGUCGCCCAGAGAGGAGGAAAACCUUUUCUUACAGGCAGGGGACAACUCGGUUCUUCAGUUUGAGAAAGAAUACCGAGAUAUUAUCUCAGUGUUGCACUCCAAACUGGACUCUAAAGCUGCUCCCCCCAUCCUCCACUUGGACCUAUCCUUCCUCCAGGAGAAUUCUUCCAACCCUCCUCCUAAUCCUACUUCUUCUGUGAGGCAACAAGUCAGCACCGGUCCCUCUCCCUUCCGGAAAUCCCAGGAAACUUGGUCACUUUUGUCAGCCCUGAUGACUGAAAUUGAUAAAUUAAGGAUGCCAAGUAGGACUAUGACCGGUGAUGAGACACAAAGUGGACCUCAAGAUACUUCUGAUGGCACUGAUCUUGGAGAAUUAAAGGCUUCAGAAUCCCCUGCUCAAAGGCAGUCAACAACAGUUCAACCACCGACUACAGGAGACCUCAAAAAGACGACGUCUCAACCCAGACAGACUUUACAUGCCAGCAAUCCUUUCAGUCGCCACAGGAAAAAAAGAAGCCUCCUUUAUAAGAGACAGACACCUGGGUCUGGUGGGAAAGUUUGUCCUGGCAUUCGAGAGACUUCGCAGCAAGUCAGCCAAGUGAGAGACUCAUACCGCUGGGUGUUAAAUAUCCCAAACAGCAGCCUCCGCAUGAACUUCCAAGAGGUUUUAGUUGAUCUGAGCUCCAAGAACAAUCGAGGACUUUACCAAGCGCGAGUCAGAGUUAUUGUGGGAGGACGUCCUCUGACUUUCUACGGUCUGGUAGGCUUGGGAAAUGAAUCGUUCUAUCGCAGUGUGCCAAGGAUCCUCUCCUCGGCGCUGGAGGCCCUCAAGACGUGAUUUGGAUGGAAACGCCAGGGGAAACACUGAGAAGAUGUGGGCUCAGAUGAAAGACCGUGGACACAAGACCUCAUGGAGGAACCUUGUCAUGGCACUGCACACGCACACCUGAACACUCUUCUGUGGGACUUUGUUGUGAAGAGGAUUCAGUCUCCCUUUGAGAGACACAAAAACUGAAUACGUCAACAUUAAGUCUAACUUAUGACACUGUACAAAUAAGUUAUUCAUACUGUCCUUUGCAAAGGUUGAGCCUCUUGUGAAGAUCUAUUUUAUUCAUAC